AUUCAAAAUAGUUUAUCCAAUUCAAAAUAGUUUAUCCAGUCAUUCCAAGGAUCCUGCGGCUGACCGGGUACCAGCAGAAAUAUUUGUUGAAGUAAAAAUCGAAAUGUAUAGAUUUUAAGGUUGUGUUUAGGGGUGGGGUGGGGUCACGCCAAUUUUUUAUUUUUAUGGGGUUGUCAGAAAUUCUGGUGGAAAAAAUGUGGUACUGCAGCUGAAAACGUUUGAAUACCACUGACUUAAAGUAAUGUAUGUGUGUGCAAGAAGACCGAUCAGUUGUAGCUUACUUGUGCUUACUUUGUGUUUUCAAUAUUAAAGUUAGUCAUUUGUAAUUUAGGGGUGUGCUUUCAUUAUUCAACUAGGUCAUUUGUUAUAGAUGUGUUGUUUCCAGAUUCAAUGUGGUCAUUAGUUAUUCGAUGCGUGGUGAUUUGCUUUUACAGUGGACGAGUUAUGUUUCAAGGUUCUUUAUGACCAUUUGUUAUUAGAUGUGUUCCGCAUUCAAGAUUUGUUGUGGUCAUUUUAUAUUUUAAUUGUGGCACAAAUAAUGUUACUUAUACAGUACCUUCCUUUAACUCUAUAGAGUUCUAACUUGUGCACUUUGCCCAGCCUUUUGAAAUGUGUGUGUCAUGAGAGAGAGUCAAAUGUUGUAACUUUUCUCCCAAUGUUUGCAGUUUGCAUCAAAGUUCCAUACGAAGUUGCACCUACCCUGACUGAGAAUUUGAAGCCCAACGUGGUUAAUCACAAGGCAAACGAAGAUGGCGCCAGAAUUAGACUUGUCCCCACCAACCAUGUUUCUGCUGGUACCCGGUGAGCCGCAGGAGCCUUGGAAUGACUGGAUAAACUAUUUUGAAUUGUACAUUACACAGGGCAGAGAAAGAGGCUUGCCAGACGAAGAGAAGAGAGUUCUGUUACGCCAUUACCUUGGCAAUGAGGGACUGUGCAUCUUAAACACCCUGACAACCAAUGAAACAUAUGCAGCGAUGAUUGAUGCCCUCACUGUUUACUUCAGUAAUGCUCAGAACCGUCAGGAGCCUCAGGACCGUCAGGAGCCUCAGGAGCCUCAGGACCGUCAGAAGCCUCAGGAGCCUCAGGCGCCUCAGGACCGUCAGGAGCCUCAGGACUGUCAGGAGCCUCAGGACCCGGAUGAUUCACAAAGAAUCAAACAGAACAGUGAGUCAAACAGAACUUCCCAAAACGUUCACAAUUCUGACCAUCAAAAUGGGAGCACAAUAUUCAACAUUUGUACUAAUAGCAACAAUCACCCAUCAUGUUUUAAGGUCAUAAAUACUUCAGAAAAAAGUAAUAGUUGGCCAGGGAUUGGAAAAAGGAUGUUUGUUACAGGAGCAGCAGCAACAGUGGGAGCAGCUGCGGCAGUGGUGGGGGCACCAGUUGCCCUGGGAGUGGCAGGAUUGACUACUGUUGGGGUUGCUGCUGGAGCAACUGCAGGGGGCGCCGCAGUAGGAAGUGGUACAAUUGCUGCAGCAGCAGCAGCAACAGUGGGAGCAGUUGCGACAGUGGCAAUGGCACCAGUUGUCUUAGGAGCGAUAGGAUUCACUGCUGGUGGGAUUGCUGCUGGAUCAUAUGCAGCAAGCAUGAUGUCUGCAGCGGCCGCGGUAAAUGGAGGUGGGGUAGCAGCAGGGGGUCUUGUUGCUGCUCUACAGUCAGCAGGUGCUGCAGGCCUUUCAGGAGUGGCUACAGCGGCGGCGGGAGGUGUUGGAGCGGCAGUUAGUGGAGCCGUGGGAUGGCUGGCCGCAGGAGCAGGGUUCUCAGGAGCGGCAGCGGCUACUACAGCAACUGCGGCAGCAGGGCUCUCUGCAACAGCUACAGCAGCUGUGGGAGGUGUUGGAGCAGCAGUUGGGGGAACAGCGGGAUGGCUGGCCUCAAGGACUAGGACACCUGAAAAGGAGGAAGGAGAAGAGACAGGAGCAGCUACAGCAGCUGCUGCAGGAGGUGCUGCAGGGCUUUCAGGAGAGGCUACAGAGGCUGUGGGAGGUGUUAGCGCAGCAGUUGGUGGAGCGUCUGAAGAGGAGGGAGGAGUCAAGGAGAGAGAGCUUUCAGGAGCGGCUACAGCGGCUGUGGGAGGUGCUGCAAGGCUUUCAGGAGUGGCUACAGCGGCUAUGGGAGGUGUUAGAGCAGCAGUUGGUGGAUCGGCGGGAUGGCUGUUCUCAAGAAUCAGGACGUCUAAAAAGGAGGGAGGAGAGUAGAGAGAGAAGAGAGAAGAGGGAGGAUGAGAAGAGAUCCCGGAAGAGGGCCCUUUAUAUAAGAAAACUAUGAAUGUUACUGCAACAUUCAUUAAGGGUUUAUUAAUGAUUUCAUGAUGGUGUUAUGAGUGCAUAUGUAUACCCCCUUUGGUGUUGCCAAAACACACAUACUGGUAUACAGCUCUGGAAAGAAAUUAAGAGACCACUGCAAAAUAUAAGUUUCUCUGGUUUUACUAUUUAUAGGUAUGUGU